AUGGCAACCCACAUAUGGAACCGUUUUCAGGGGUUAUGCGGCUUCUUGCAUGUUGCUCACACAUCUGUCCUUGGCAGACUCCUCCAACAGAGAAACGCAGAUGCCCCUAGUGCUGCUACAUGUCAGGUCAGAACCUCCCUCCCCCUCCUUAUUCUCUGGGAAAUUUCGAGGGCUAGAAAUGAUGCAAAUUUCGGCGAAGUGGUAAUGAACGUCAGAGCCUCUGUGAAUAGAAUUAAAUGGUGGGCUUCUCAGGCGAUCCCCAAUUUCGAAACUGAUUCCCAGGCUCCCCAAGAAACAGGGUAUAGGGUGGACUCGAAUAAUCUAGCUGAAUUACGAGCAAUUUAUGAUGGAAUGCUGCUAAGUCUAACAAAAAGGAUGAGCCAAACUAUAGUGGAGUCGGAUUCAAAGCUGGUAGUGGACACCCUAAUGGGAGCCACUACUUGCCCAUGGAGAUGGAGGCCAUGGGUCAACAGGAUCACCCUACUGAGACGGUUGGGAAUCUUCCAAUUCAAUCAUACUCUCAGUGAAGAGCUUCUAGAAAUGGGUACCAAACCAAACACUUUUAGUUAUUCCGAACUGAGGACUGCUACCGGAGAUUUCAGUCUGGAAAAUAAGUUGGGAAUGGGAGGAUUUGGGGUUGUUUAUAAGAGGAAAACAAAGCCCCAAUUGAGAGCUGAGGAGAUUGUUACCAUAUCAGCGGUGCAACACCGGAACCUUGUGAAGUUGUACGGAUGCUGCAUUGAUGGAGAUAAGCGCCUUUUGGUUUAUGAGUAUCUUGAAAAUGGGAGUCUUGAUCAUGCACUCUUCGGAGACAGUAAGUUGCAUCUAAAUUGGCCCACCCGCUACAGAAUAUGCAUGGGUACAACACAAGGCCUCACUUAUCUUCACGAGGAGUCAAGUCUCCGAAUCGUACAUAGAGAUAUCAAGGCCAGCAAUAUUUUGCUUGAUGUUGAUCUCAAUCCUAAGAUUUCAGAUUUUGGUUUGGCCAAACUAUAUGAUGCUAAGAAGACACACAUCAGCACAUGGGUUGCAGGGACAUUUGGGUUUCUUGCACCGGAGUAUGCCUUGCGUGGGCAUCUGACAGAAAAGGCUGACGUGUUUGGAUUUGGAGUCGUCGCACUUGAGAUUCUUAGUGGAAGGCCAAAUACAGAUACAAGCUUGGAUCAAUAUAAAUAUCUCCUCGAUGGGUACGACAUUUUAAUCACCUUAUAG